ACCUGCUGUUUCGGGGGAGCGCUGGCGUCGGUGGUAGUGCCCGAGGAUGGCCGCCGGUCUGGCUGUAAACAAGCAGGGGACCGCCGCUGCAAUGGAGCCCUGUAUUCGGCACGGCCGGGCGGCUGCUGGCAGUACGGUGAAGGUGCUGGAAUGCGGAGUCUGUGAAGAUGUCUUCUCUCUGCAAGGGGACAAGGUGCCCAGGCUGCUGUUGUGUGGUCACACUGUGUGUCACGACUGCCUCACCCGCCUGCCACUGCACGGUCGUGCCAUACGCUGCCCAUUUGACAGACAGGUCACCGAGCUGGGGGAUUCUGGGGUUUGGGGGCUGAAGAAGAACUUCGCCCUGCUUGAGCUGCUGGAGCGGCUGCAGAACGGCGCCUCCAACCAGUCCGGGAUGUCGGAUGAUGCCCUUGGGGGGGUGGGAGAGUGCAUCAUCCGCUGUGAUGAGGAUGAGAGCCACACGGCCUCCAUGUACUGCACAGUGUGCGCCACCCACCUGUGUGGCGAGUGCUCCCAGCUGACGCACUCCACGCGCACGCUAGCCAAGCACCGGCGCGUGCCGCUGGCCGACAAGCCGCACGAGAAGACGCUGUGCCCCCAGCACCAGGUGCACGCCAUCGAGUUCGUGUGCCUGGAGGACGGCUGCCAGCCUGGGCCCCUCAUGUGCUGCGUGUGCAAGGAGUACGGCAAGCACCAGGGACACAAGCAUGCAGUGUUGGAGGCUGAAGCCAAUCAGAUCCGUGCAUCCAUCCUGGACAUGGCGCACUGCAUCCGCACAUUCACCGAGGAGGUGUCGGAGUACUCGCGCAAGCUGGUGGGCAUUGUGCAGCAGAUCGAGGGUGGGGAGCAGAUCGUGGAGGACGGGGUCGGCAUGGCCCACACGGAGCACGUCCCGGGCACAGCAGAGAGUGCACGCUCCUGUGUCAGGGCCUACUUCGCUGACUUGCAUGAGGCUCUAUGUCGCCAGGAAGAGAUGGCGCUCAGUGUGGUUGACGCUCACGUGCGCGAGCGCCUCAUCUGGCUGCGGCAGCAGCAGGAGGACAUGACCAUCCUGCUGUCCCAGGUGUCCACCGCAUGUUUGCACUGCGAGAAAACGCUGCAGCAGGACGACUGCCGCGUGGUGCUGGCGAAGCAAGAGAUAACCCGGCUGCUAGAGACCCUGCAGAAGCAGCAGCAGCAGUUCACGGAGCUGACGGACCACGUCCAGCUGGAUGCCGGCAUCCCCGUCACCUUCACAAAGGAUAACCGGGUGCACAUUGGCCCAAAGAUGGAGAUUCGCGUGGUGACCCUGGGCCUGGAUGGUGCCGGUAAGACCACCAUCCUCUUCAAGCUGAAACAGGAUGAGUUCAUGCAGCCCAUUCCAACAAUCGGAUUCAAUGUGGAGACAGUGGAGUAUAAGAAUCUGAAGUUCACCAUCUGGGAUGUGGGUGGCAAGCAUAAACUCAGACCACUUUGGAAACACUAUUAUCUAAAUACUCAGGCUGUGGUAUUCGUCAUUGACAGCUGUCACAGGGACCGGCUUAUGGAGGCCCACAGUGAACUAGCAAAGCUGUUAACGGAGAAGGAGCUGAGAGACGCUCUGCUCCUCAUCUUUGCUAACAAACAGGACGUCCCGGGGGCGGUGUCUGUGGAGGAGCUGACAGAGUUGCUGAGCCUGCACAAACUGUGCUGUGGCCGCAGCUGGCACGUGCAGGGCUGCGAUGCCCGCAGCGGGACGGGCCUCCAUGAGGGGCUGGACUGGCUCUCUCGCCAACUGGUGGCUGCUGGCGUGCUGGACGUGGCCUGAGCUUCCGGUCCAUUCCGUCCAUAAAUGUGAUCACCCUGACCCUACCUCUCCAAUCAGCGUUAACGUUAUCCCCUGACAUUCUGUGUGUGUGGUUUUUUUGUGAGGGUGAGUGCCCUCCUUUAAACCAGAGGGAUCGUGAUGAAGUGAUGCAGCUCGCUAACACACCGAUCAUCGUUUCAGAGUUCCUC